AUGAAGUUAUCUCCCAAGAGUUUCUCAAGUUUAAGUCUCGCUGAUGAUGACCACGACGGUGUGGAGCUAAGUCCUUCACCAGUUUCUGGCGGCGCAAUGCUGCCGAUUUUUCUCAGCAGCUUGAGUCGUAAUGGAAGCGGAAGCAGCUGGGAGAGAGAGCUCGUGGAGGUGACUCUAGAGCUCGACGGAGACGACUCCAUUGUCGUCUGCGGAAUGUCGGAGGCGGCUUCUGUUGAAACACGACCAAGAACGGUGGCUGUGUCGGAAAGAUUAACGAGGAGUCUGUCCACGGCUCCUGCAAGGAUCAGGCAGACAUUGGAGAAGCUACUAAGGUCGGAUUCGACAAGAACGACGGCUUCUUCUGUUGUCACGACAGAGAUAGGAAGGUUCACGAGGAUAAGGCAGACGUUGGAGAAGCUACUUAGGUCGGACUCGACAAGAACGACGAGUUCUGUUGGACGUGAGAGAGAUGUUGAACGUCAGGGAAGAGAGACACCGAUCAUGUCCGCGAGGGAUAAACGUAAGGAAGAGGUGAAGUUGCAGCGAACGAGGUCAAGCGCACAAAGAGCGUUGAAGGGUUUACAGUUUAUCAACAAGACAACGAAAGGGAACAGCUGCGGUUGCGAUUGGGGUUGCGAUUGCGAUGAGAUGUGGAAGAAAGUUGAAAAGAGAUUCGAAACCCUUUCUAAAGAAGGGUUGCUUGUGCGUGAAGAUUUCGGAGAGUGCGUUGGGAUGAAAGAUUCAAAAGAGUUUGCGGUGAGUGUAUUCGACGCUUUGGCUCGAAGGAGAAGGCAGAAGCUGGAGAAGAUAACGAAAGAUGAGCUUCAUGAUUUCUGGUUACUCAUCUCUGACCAAAGCUUCGACGCGCGUCUUCAAAUCUUCUUUGAUAUGGCUGAUAGCAAUGAAGACGGGAGGAUCACCAAAGAAGAAAUCAAAGAACUUUUAAUGCUAAGCGCAUCAGCAAACAAGUUAGCAAAACUAAAGGAACAAGCAGAAGAGUACGCAUCUCUGAUCAUGGAAGAACUUGAUCCAGAGAAUUUUGGAUACAUCGAGUUAUGGCAACUCGAGACACUCUUACUUCAGAGAGACACGUACAUGAAUUACAGUAGACCGCUUAGCACGGCAAGUGUUGGCAUUACUACACCAAGACGGAAUUUAGUUAAACCUCGUCAUGUGGUUCAAAAAUGUAGACAAAAGCUUCAGUGUUUGUUUCUAGAUAACUGGCAACGAAUAUGGGUUCUGUUAUUAUGGUUCAUAGUCAUGGCCAUUCUUUUUGUCUGGAAGUUCUUACAGUACAGAGACAAAGCUGCUUUUAAGGUCAUGGGUUAUUGUUUAACCACUGCUAAAGGAGCUGCAGAGACUCUCAAGCUCAACAUGGCUCUGGUUUUGUUACCUGUUUGUAGAAACACAUUGACUUGGCUUAGAUCAACAAGGGCUCGAGCCUUUGUUCCUUUUGAUGAUAACAUCAACUUCCAUAAGAUUAUUGCUUGUGCCAUAGUGAUUGGGAUUUUUGUUCAUGCUGGUACUCAUCUGGCAUGUGAUUUUCCACGGAUUAUAAACUCAACUCCAGAAGAUUUUGCCUUGAUUGCUUCUCCUUUCAACGGUGUCAAGCCCACAUUCAAAGACCUCUUGACAGGUGCAGAAGGAAUCACAGGGAUCUCUAUGGUGAUCUUGACAACCAUCGCCUUCACAUUAGCAUCAACUCAUUUCAGGAGAAACCGUGUGAGUCUACCGGCACCACUUAAUCGGUUAACUGGCUUUAAUGCAUUCUGGUACACUCAUCAUCUCCUGGUGGUUGUCUACAUUAUGCUCAUUGUGCAUGGGACCUUCCUCUUCUUUGCUGAUAAGUGGUAUCAGAAAACUACUUGGAUGUACAUCUCGGUUCCUCUGGUGCUUUAUGCUGCAGAACGAAGUAUACGAGCUUGUAGGUCCAACCAUUACUCUGUUAAAAUCCUUAAGGUUUCUAUGCUACCAGGGGAAGUACUCAGUAUAAUCAUGUCAAAGCCUCCUGGAUUCAAGUACAUGAGUGGUCAGUACAUAUUCUUGCAGUGUCCAUCAAUCUCUAGAUUUGAAUGGCAUCCUUUUUCUAUUACCUCUGCGCCAGGAGAUGAACAACUAAGUGUUCACAUCCGAGCACAAGGAGACUGGACAGAGGAGCUACAACGAGUUUUGACAGUAGGCAAAGAUCUCUCAACAUGUGUUAUUGGCCGAUCAAAAUUCGCUGCCCAUUGCAAUAUUGAUUUACAAGACCGACCAAAGUUACUAGUAGACGGUCCAUAUGGAGCUCCAGCACAAGACUACAGAAGUUAUGAUGUCUUGCUCCUCAUUGGAUUGGGAAUAGGAGCUACUCCUUUCAUAAGCAUCCUCAAGGAUCUCAUGAACAAUUCAAGAGAUGAACAGAUAUUAAAUGAGUUCAGCAGAUCAGAUUUCAGCUGGAACAGCUAUACAUCUUCAUAUACAACACCGACCCCAACUUCAACACAAGAAGGAGGGAAAAAGGCAGUGAAGGCUUACUUCUACUGGGUCACAAGGGAGCCAGGAUCCGUUGAAUGGUUUAGAGGAGUGAUGGAAGAAAUAUCAGAUAUGGACUAUAGAGGGCAGAUUGAGUUGCACAACUACCUUACAAGUGUUUAUGAUGAAGGUGAUGCAAGAUCAACUCUGAUAAAGAUGGUUCAGGCUUUGAACCAUGCCAAACAUGGAGUUGAUAUUCUAUCCGGAACACGGGUGAGAACACAUUUUGCAAGACCCAACUGGAAGGAAGUUUUCGGUAGCAUAGCAAGAAAGCAUCCAAAUUCAACAGUCGGAGUGUUUUACUGCGGCAUACCAACGGUGGCAAAGGAGUUAAAGAAGCAAGCACAAGAAAUGAGUCAAAAAACAACCACACGGUUCGAGUUCCAUAAAGAGAAUUUUUAAUUCAAUGCUAUACAAGUCAGUUUCUAUCAUCACUUUAAACAAAGUGAAAUUAAAAACCACACAAGGCACUAUUUUUCUCAUUCUAACUUCACAGUCACUUAGCAAAAUAGAUUAUAUACUAGUAAUAUACACACGGAAACUGUCCUGCAUGCAUGUUUGUAUAGACCGGCCUAAAGG